AUGCACGCAACUACUAUCGUUUCGGUCGUAUUGACCACACUUCUCGCCAGUGUGCGCGCUCAAAACAUCACCACCGGCGAGUUGGGCAAUGCUACUGUUGUCGAUAACAAUCCACCCGGAGCCACAUAUCUUGCGGUUCUUCCUGAAAAACAGUUCUUCAACCCGAGUGACCCUCGAGGAAAUGUUAAAGGUUCGGUAUCUGCAACUGCAAGCCCUGACGGAAUCGGAGUUGUCUACUCUGUCUCGCUUUCCAACUUCCCUACCUCUGGAGGACCAUUCACAUACCAUCUUCACGUUGACCCAGUUCCUGCGGACGGAAAUUGUACGAAAACCCUUGCGCACUUAGAUCCGUUCAUCCGUGGCGAAGUUGUUGCAUGCGAUCCUAAACUCCCACAAACUUGUCAAGUCGGUGAUCUAUCCGGAAAGUAUGGAAAAGUUACGAAUGGUUCUCUCGUGCAGACAUACACCGACCUUUUCUCCUCCACCCGUCCAGGGCUUGGUUCCUUCUUUGGCAAUCGAUCAAUCACGUUCCAUUUCGCAAAUAAGACCCGUAUCACAUGCGCGAACUUCACAUUGCUUGGCAGCGCUACCAUCCCCCCAAGCACUGGAAGCAACACCUCGGCGACUGCUACACCUACAGUUGUCUUCGCUGGCUUAGGAGCUAGGAACAUGGCUAGUGCGGGCAUGGCAUUAGGCGCAGCUGCUCUUGCUCUGUUACUAUAA